CCCGGCGCCGCGCCCCGCAGACCCGCGUCCGCGCCUCCCUUUCUUCUCCUCCUCUGCCUCUCACCUUCUCCCUUUCUUUGACUGCUUUUCCCUUCUGCCCGACCUCCCUCCAUCGCUCCAUCUCUCUCCCUCCUCCCCGUUGUCCUCUCUGCACUUUUCUCUAAUUCCCACCUUAGCCCUUCCUUCCUGUCCGCCUUUCCUCCCCUCGACCCUUCCCUGACUCUCCUCCCUGGGUGUGCGGACGGAUCCGCGCCCCCGUGCCUCACUCUCCCUCUCCUCUCACUUUCCCGGGGCUCCCCUCCAGGCUCGGCCCGGCGGCCCCACCCUGGGGACAGGAAGGAUGGUUCCCGAGGUGAGGGUCCUCUCCUGCUUGCUGGGACUCGCGCUGCUCUGGUUCCCCUUGGACUCUCACGCUCGAGCCCGCCCAGACCUGUUCUGCCUUUUCCACGAGAAGAGAUACUCUCCGGGUGAGAGCUGGCAUCCUUACUUGGAGCCACAAGGCGUGAUGUAUUGCCUGCGCUGUACCUGCUCUGAGACUGCCCACGUGAACUGUUAUCAGCUCCGCUGCCCACCUGUCCACUGCCCCCAGCCCGUACUGGAGCCGCAGCAGUGCUGUCCCAGGUGUGUGGAACCUCACACCCCUUCUGGGCUCCGGGCCCCCCCCAAGUCCUGCCAGCACAACGGGACCAUGUACCAACAUGGAGAGAUCUUCAGUGUCCGUGAGCUGUUCCCUGCCCGCCUGCCCAACCAGUGUGUCCUCUGCAGCUGCACAGAGGGACAGAUCUACUGUGGCCUCAUGACCUGCCCUGAACCCGGCUGCCCCGCGCCCUUCCCGCUGCCUGACUCCUGCUGCCAGGCCUGCAAAGACGGGGCAAGUGAGAAGUCAGCUGAAGAGGACCCCACACAGUCACAGGGGGGCGCGAGCCGUUCCCAGGACCCGUGUUCCAGUGAAGGCGGGAGAAAGAGAGCCCCAGGCCCCCUGGCCCCCACUGGCUCCAGCUCGCCUCUGGGUUUUAUCCCUCGCCACUUCCGACCAAAGGGGGCAGGCAGCACAAUUGUCAAGAUUGUCCUGAAGGAUACACAUAACAAAGCCUGUGUGUACAGGGGAAAGACAUACUCCCACGGGGAAGUGUGGCAUCCAGUGUUCCCCUCCUUUGGCCCCCUCCCCUGCAUCCGGUGCACCUGUCAGGACGGCCGCCAGUACUGCCAGCACAUGACCUGCCCCACUGAGUAUCCCUGCCGUCACCCGGAGAGAGCGGCCGGGAAGUGCUGCAAGAUUUGCCCAGAGGACAGGGCAGAUCCUGGCCACAGUGAGAUCAGUUCCACCAGGUGUCCCAAGGCACCGAGCCGCGUCCUCAUCCACACGUCGGUAUCCCCAAGCCCAGACAGCCUGCAUCGCUUCGCCCUGGAGCAUGAGGCCUCAGACCAGGUGGAGAUCUACCUCUGGAAACUGGUAAAAGAUGAGGAAACUGAGACUCAGAGAGGUGAAGUACCUGGCCCAAGGCCACACAGCCAGAAUCUUCCACUUGGUUCAGAUCAAGAAAGUCAGGAAGCAGGACUUCCAGAAAGAGGCACAGAACUUCCGGCUGCUCAUCGGCACCCACGAAGGUUACUGGAACGUCUUUCUAGCUCAGACUCCGGAGCUGAAGGUCACAGCCAGUCCAGACAAAGUGACCAAGACCUUAUAACAAAGACCUAAGUAGCUGCAGAAAUGAGUUCCAUCGUUUUUGUUAUUCUAUAUUAAUAAAUAAAUUGCAUUGCACUUCA